AUCAGCCCCGUCUUCACUCAUUCUCUCACAUCACUUUCACGCUCUCUCACCAUUUAAUUCCCCCUCGUUCACGACAUCAUUCCGCCGUGUUCGGAGUCAUAGUCUCGUCUUGGAGGAUCACACGCGCAAGGGGACUCUCCAGACCUUAGACGACCUCCGGAAUGUCUCUGCGCACCCAGCGACUCCUUCCACGCUGGCCUGCACCAACACCAGAAUCACCACAGCCCUGAGUCUCAUCGAAGUCACCGCAAUGGCAGAGCGCUUUCAUCCCCUUCGUGCAUGCGAAAUCCCAUCAACCCUCCCAUGUGGGCCCCAGCGGCCUGCCUCUGGACCGCACUGCCACUACAGCAGAAACUCUCUUGGUCGGGCUGUGGUUGAUUGGGGCUGGUCAAAUCAUAUUGUUUUGCACAUCAUUUGGCAGAACGCAUUGCUGACAUACUCUGUGAUAGACACUCAACGCCACAGGUUGAGAUGGGCUCGUUGGUGAUAAGCCAAGUGGCGCCGGCACUCGGUCAGCAUCCCUAUCACCACAUGAUGGUCGAUAGCAAUUCUCAGCCAGAUGAGGCUUCACAGUCUUCAAGAGCUAGGAGCGCGUCAGCUUCCGCGACCAUAAGGCAGCGGGGCAAUACCGAUGCAGCCAGCGGAUACACCACACCUACCGUUCAGGAGCCUUCAGAAAACACAUCAACACCAGUAUCUCACCCCGUAGAACACGAAUCCUCUCCCUCAUCUCGUCACUCCUCUUACCACCCGCAAAAUGUCAAUCAACACAGUCGAGGCUUCGACCAGUCCGGCUUUCCUUUAUCGAACGACCCACGAGUCGUGGUCGCAGCUUCACCUCCCUCUCCACGACUGCAGCCGACAUACCGAUCUACGAGAUCCUUAGGAGGAUCUGAAGCUACCUCACCGAGUCGCAUCAAAGUCAGGGAUCUGUCACAUAUCCGCAGUUUUGCCAGUGAGGAAUACCUGGCGCGACCAAGGUUGGGGGGUCGAUCCUCAAGCGCGUUUUCGGACUCGGGCAGACAAUACGAGAUCAGUUCCAUGCCAGUCACAGACAUUAUCGAGAUGGUCGCUGGACUUCUUACCAAGAUUACAACCACAAAUGACAGACAACACGAGCAUCAUCGUCCAAUUCCGCUCACCGAGGAACAGAGUCACCUCAACCCCCAUGCUUCCUGCGUACUGGCAUUUCACGGCAAGAACGUGCCCGGGAUAACUAUCCUGAGCUAUCUAAGUCGGAUACAUAAGUACUGUCCAACGACUUACGAGGUCUUCCUGAGCCUUCUAGUGUACUUUGAUCGAAUGACGGAGAUGGUGAAUCGAGGUCUAUUAGGACAAGGACAACGACGACCUAAUGAAUCACCUGCAACAGCACCAGAAUCUUCUACUCCAACAGGACGCUCACCAGUGCCGAUGAACGUCGACAGUCCUCUGGACCAGCAUGAUAUCAGCGAGCCACAGUCAUCAAGCGCUGCCACAGCACAGGCACCUGGCUCGCCGACAGUUUCGGGUGGCAGUACUGAUCUCUCGCAAUUCUUCGUUGUUGACAGCUACAACAUUCAUCGCCUUGUGAUCGCGGGAGUCACUUGCGCUAGCAAGUUCUUCUCGGAUGUCUUUUACACAAAUUCGAGAUAUGCCAAGGUCGGAGGUCUUCCGCUGGCAGAGCUUAACAAUCUCGAAUUGCAAUUCUUGCUUCUCAACGACUUCCGGCUCUCGGUUCCGGUGGAGGAACUCGAAGCCUAUGGCACCAUGCUCGUGGAAUUCUACGCCAGGGAACUAGUCGCACAGCAGCAGGUCCCUCAGGCUGCAGCGUCACAACCGCAUGCAGGUGACGGCAUGUACAUGCGUGCACAUGCUGGAUCGCGAGCCCCCACCACACCUACCUCGUAAAAGGAGGAUCACGAAGUUGCACGAGGGUACAGUUCCAACAAUUCGUUGACUUGUACCCAAUCUGCGCCAUGUCAGAUUUGUGUAGAAUCAUCUCAAGUCCGAGCUGCUCCGAGCUGGGACGAGAAGGAGCUUUUCGCCUUGGUUCAGAGCUUUCGAUGGAACAGCGACGUCGAUAUCAAUUGUUCACGGCGGACUCGAGUCUAUACGACUUGCCUGGCCGAUGAGAUUACUGGAAAUGACCAAUUCAGAAUUCCAACCUCGGUCCUCCUCUUCAUCUCCGAAGCGGUAGUUUCCACGCUGCCGCCCAGUCUAUUAUGGUCUAAUUUGGCGUACCUUCUCGACUUUCCAGACGGCAUUUGUCCAUUUCUUUAUAGCGGCGUUUACGGUAACACUAGGGUCUCGGCUGUUUUCGCAAUAUAUGCUGCUUCACGGUGCGCGGCGUACGAUCAUGCCCUAUUUUCUUUUCGAGUUGGGAGUGGCCGACGUCAGUCGUUGAGGCUACGGCUGGUAUAGAUCGCGAAUGGUUUUCGUUCUUGAUGAGCGCACCCUGCUUGUUCUGAUUGUCGACUUCACGGGUGGGGGCCUCGUGGCCGGGCCUGGCGGUCGAUAUAUAUGCGACUCGAAGAGGUCGGAAGAGUGGUUGUGAGACGAUAAUGACUGCGCCUAGAGUGGCUCAAGCUCCUACAGCGAGCUUGAAUUGGGACGAAUGGAAAGUGACAGUGACUGGACAGGAAAUGGACGACCGACACGACACGAAACACAACCACGAUGUGGAGUACCCUAUGUUGAUAUAGACAAUUGACGCAAAUUGAAGCCCGUACUGUUGUUAUUUUGGAUGGCCACAUUGCACUCGUCACGUUCAUUCCGACCAACCGAACCUUUUUCCGUCUUUCCUUCCCAUUCAUGCAAAGACCUCAGACACCUGCCUCGCCCGACAGCGCCAGGUGAAUGAAGAUUAUAAAUGGUGACAAGACGCAGUUGCACGGACAGGAGCGACUGGAGCCCUGCGAACUCUUCUUGAAGGAUGAAGUGGUGAGAGGACUGGCGUUCUGGGCGAUGGGAUGAGAAAG